AUGGCGGCUUCUCCUCCCCUUGUGACUUCGGAUAUACUCAAUCCAGAAGCCUCACCUUCGCCGCGCAUCAACGAGAACGAGACGCGUGAGGGCAUCGCGUCCGUCAUUUCCACCAUUAGAGCCCAGAUCGCAGACCAGCCAGCGGGAGCCAUGGGGCCCGUGAGCCAGCCGCCGGCCAUGGCGAACGCCGUGACGGGCAGCACCCCGCCAGUUCCUGUCCUAGGAGGAGCGCCUACAGCAUCGUCGCAGAGAGUUGUGCCAUCGAACCUUGCGCCCAGUUCGACGAGCGCAACUACUAAUGCCACCAACGGCUACCCGGCUGCUGUCCCGAAUCGCAACCACCAGCCUCUUGUUUCGCCGCCGCUGUCUGGGCCGGCAGCAGCAGGCCAACCCGGUCAGAAGCAGUUUGGACCCAUUGCCCCAAAGACAGCUCCAAGCGCGGAAAAGACCAGGGAGUACGAGAGACUCAUGGACAUGGUACAGAACACAGAUGCCUCGGUGGUGCGGCAGGUAGUUCGGGAAAACUGGCAUAAGUGUCUGGUUGGGUCAGACUAUCACUGUGGCUUUAUCGCGAAUGCCGCAAUCAACUACUCCAAUCCUGCAGUCCUAAGUCGCACCAUGUCAGAGAAUGGUGACAAGGUGCUCAGGCAUUCAAAACGUGAGAUCGCCAAGCAUUUUCGCGGUGAAGACCUUGAUGAAAUCGCAGACCUCAUUGGUCCCAAGCUUGGUGAACGGUUCCAGGAUAGGGUCAUGGCCACACGGUUGGAAACCAUCGGGGCCCAGGACCUCAUCAAUGCUUUGGCUAGAGCUGAGCGCCUUGGCUACCACAUCAAUGACGUUGUCAAGAAGAAGCCCGGCCAGGGGGGCGAAACUGUUAUCCCAUCUAUAUCUGCGCUGCUUACUUCGCUUCCGCCAGUAGAACCACACCAAGUCCAUGGAGGAGUCCCCCCGCCUCCGAUGCCACCACACAUGGGCCCAGGACCCCCACAACAGCCUCAGCAACCACCUCGAGCGCCUCAAAGCCAACACCCUAUCCCUAUUAUGCGGAACGGGAACAUUACUUUUCAGCCGCCCUCCACUCCUUCCCAGUCUCCAACGGCUACCAUUCCAGUCGGAAAUGUCGCCAGUCUGCCACAUCCAAAUCCGAACCAAACACCCGGGAUAAUGUAUUGUGCAACAUGCCAUCGUCCUUGCAGCAGUUCAGAUGCUCUUAGCUAUCAUGCGAAAAAGGCCAAGUGCCACACCUCCAGGCCAGUAGGAACCAUUGAUGUAGAUGAGUGCCUUCAUUGCGGCUGUCAGUUCGAAAGCCCAGGUGGCCUCUCCUAUCACACGAAGAGCUUCGUUUGCGGACAACACAACGAAGAGACCAGAUCGCAUAUCUUGGAAUUGCUAAGACAGAGAGAGCUAUUACAAAAGAUGACACCGCAUCAGCCAUCCAAUAACCUUGGACCUCCACCUCCGAGUUAUCAUAUACCGCAUCAGCCAGCCACCUUUGCACCUGCUAUCAUCAAAUCAAACAUAACCCCAAGUCGCAGAUCGGUUGGCUCUGCGCCGACCGCAAGUCCUUCAACCAACGACCCCUACGCAAAGCUUACCCCAGAGAACCGAGAGAAAUUCAAUGCGGAAAUGAAAGAUGUUGAAGAACGUUAUGGUCGCUUGAGGAGAGACGCAGAGGCCCUUCCGCCUGGCGAGCGUGAAGAAGAGCUGGCCAAGAUCAAGAAUCGAUACAAUACCAAGCAGAGUAAUACCAGGAAGAAGUAUGGAAUCCGCCUUCGUGAGAGGCGUACCAACGCAGAUAUGGAACGCUCCUGGAAUGCUGAUCAAGCACACUCCGCAAAGAAGGCCCGUGUUGGUGAUGGGCAAGCGAGACCAACUGGUAAUCAAGUUAUGGAAUCGCCACGUAGGAGAGUCCCCCUCGCCGAGAUGGGAGGACUAUCUGCCUCCUCGGCUACUGCGGAGCUGGUUGAUCCUACAGCAUCUACGAAUUCUCGGCCACCACCUCCAGCAUAUGGCCAACCAGCGGCAGUUGUUCACGGAGUUCCACUUGGGACAUAUCAAGGGACACCUGACGACCCCAUGCAGAUCGAUGACGAUACGAGCACGGGCACGGAUUCUGACAACGUGGACAUCCCGGCUAGGAUCUAG